GCAGCUUUAAACUGCACCUUUUCCUGCAAUGAAGCACAACUUCGUAACACUCCUUCCUGACAGUUUAAAGAUGGGUGCAAACUCCAUGUGAUGAAAUGCAAGAGCUCUUAUCCCCAUACGCUGCAUAUCAGUGAACAAGCAUCCAGGAAAUGACAACAGCUUUUCUCUGGUAGUGGAAAGUGAAACUUAACAUUCACUCACCAAGACGAGAAAUGGCGCAGGCUGCAGUUCAGAUGGAUCGAGAAAAACUGAGCUGUUCCGUCUGUCUGGAUCUUCUGAAGGAUCCAGUGACAAUUCCCUGUGGGCACAGCUACUGCAUGAGCUGCAUUAAGAACUUCUGGGUUGACAAGAGAACAUACAGCUGCCCUCAGUGCAGGCGGAGUUUCACACCGAAGCCUGUCCUGAUGAAAAACACCAUGUUUGCUGAUUUGGUGGAGGAGCUAAAAAACGCAGGACUUGCAGAUGCUCCACCUCAUCAUUCCUAUGCUGAACCUGCAGACGUUUCCUGUGAUUUCUGUGUUGGGAGAAAGAUGAAAGCUUUCAAGUCCUGUCUGGCAUGUAUGGCCUCUUACUGCGAGCUGCACCUCCAGCCUCACUUCAACGUGGCUCCAUUGAAGAAGCACAAGCUGGUAGAAGCCACUUCAAAGCUCCAGGAGAACAUCUGCCCUCGCCACGACGAGGUGAUGAAGAUUUUCUGCCGCACCGAUCGACAGUGCAUCUGUUAUCUCUGCUCCAUGGAUGAACAUAAAGGCCACAACACAGUCUCAGCUGCAGCAGAGAGGGCUGAGAGGCAGACGGAGCUCGGAGUGGACCGGAGAAACAUUCAACAGAGAAUCCAGGACAGAGAGAAAGAUGUUAAAGUGAUGCUACAGAGGCUGGAGGCCAUUGGAGCGUCUGCUGAUGAAGCUGUGAGUGACAGUGAAAGGAUCUUCAAGGACUUGAUCUGUCUGAUUGAGAAGAAAAGCUCUGAAGUGAAGCAGAAGAUCAGAUCCCAGCAGAAAACUGAUGAGAGUCGAGUCACAGAGGUUCAGGAGAAAAUGCAGCAGGAGAUCAGUGAGCUGAGAAGGAAGGACACAGAGCUGGAGAAGCUGUCAUCAACAGAGGAUCACCUCCAUUUUCUGAGCAGUUACUCCUCCUGGUCACAUCUGAGUGAAACCACAGCCAGCAGCCAUGACUUCACUGUGCAGUACUAUGAGAAAAUGACUGCAGCUGUAUCAGAGGCCAGAGACAAACUGAAGGCUCUUCUGAGUGAUAAGUGGCCAAAAAUCACACUGACAGGACCUGAAAAGAAGGUUCAACGGGCUGCAGAAGAUAAUGUAUUUCCACUAAAUGCAUUUUUUUUGGACGACAUUGAUGAGGCCAUGUCAGUGAAAGAUGAAGCCCCUAGACGGUUUAAUCCACAGACCAGAAAUAUUCGCUCCCAGAGACCACCUGCUGCAGCCCAUUUUACUCCCAAUACUUUCCAUAACAGACAACAUGAAAAAAUUAGGAGAUUUUUUUUUCAGUGAAAGAAACUCUUCCCAAAUUCCCCUGAAUUUACACAGCAAUCAAACACACAUGGUAUUAUGGUGUGACAGGAACAGAAAAGCAACUCUCUGCCUCUGUUGUGCUUUUUACCUUUUACAAAAUGUUGGAGACACUGUUGAGUUGUGCGAGUUCUAGAAUUCUAGGUUUAAUCUAUCUAUCUAUCUAUCUAUCUAUCUAUCUAUCUAUCUAUCUAUCUAUCUAUCUAUCUAUCUAUCUAUCUAUCUAUCUAUCUAUCUAUCUAGUAGACAGGAGUAACUGAACUGUAGGAUUAUGUGCUUGAUCAUUUUAUUUGUUAAAUCUAGUAACAGGAUGAAACUUUAUAGUUGUGAUUAUGAUGUCUAAUUUUUUUUCUUUUGCCCAAUGAAUAUUCAUUGAAAUUGUUUCUUCUGCUAAGAUAUGAAUCUAUGAGUGAUUUUUUUUGAUUUGCUUUAUAAAAAAAGGUUAUAUAUACACUGUACCUUCUGCAGAGAUAUAUUAUAUAGGGAAUAAUCAGCACUUGCCAAAUGUCUGAUUUUUUUUCAUUAUAUUUGUGAAUUACACAGACUGGCAAGCUUUGGUUUUGUUGUUGCUGUUUUGCUUUUUUAAUGAAUAAAGGUUC